AUGACUCCAUUAGCAAUUUUUCCACUUCUCUUCAUCUUUUUCUUCAACUUAUCAUUAGCAGCAAAUACCAUUUACAAUGUUCAAAAUUAUGGAGCAAAAUCCAAUGGCCAGACAGAUUCAUCAAAUGCCCUUUUGAGUGCAUGGGCAGCAGCCUGUGCUUCAACUAGCCCGGCCACUAUUUACGUGCCGCGUGGAAGUUACUUGAUUCGCAACGCAUACUUCAAUGGCCAAACAUGCAAGAGCAACGCUAUCACUAUGCAAAUUGAUGGCACUCUCUUAGCUACCUCUGAUUAUAAUGUUAUUGGCAAUGAAGGAAGUUGGAUAAAGUUCGAACAAGUCACCGGAGUUUCCAUUCAUGGUGGAACCUUUGAUGGUCAAGGUUCUGGUCUUUGGGCUUGCAAAACCUCUGGCAAGAAUUGCCCUAAGGGAACUACGGCAUUAGCAUUUUACAACUCAAACAACAUCGUAAUCAACGGAGUAACUGCACAAAAUAGCCAAAUGUUCCAUAUUUUGGUAGACGGAUGCCAUAAUGUGAAGCUACAAGGAGUGAAGGUCUCAUCUCCUGGAAAUAGCCCCAACACAGAUGGAAUUCAUGUACAAUCAUCGUCAGGAGUCAGCAUUAUGAACUCAAAUAUUGGUACUGGAGAUGAUUGUAUCUCUAUUGGCCCUGGAAAUUCUAACUUAUGGAUCGAAGGCAUUGCUUGUGGUCCUGGCCAUGGAAUAAGCAUUGGAAGCUUAGGUUGGGAAGUGCAAGAGGCUGGAGUUCAAAAUGUGACAGUUAAAACUGUGACUUUCACUGGAACAGAGAAUGGUGUGAGGGUAAAAACUUGGGCAAGGCCUAGCAAUGGCUUUGUUAGAGGUGUUCUCUUUCAACAUAUUGUUAUGGCUAAUGUUCAAAACCCAAUCAUCAUAGACCAAAAUUACUGCCCUAAUCACGAAAAUUGUCCUCAUCAGGACUUGGGCAUGAAAAUAAGUGACAUAACGUAUCAAGACAUACAUGGAACAUCAGCUACAGAAGUUGCCGUGAAAUUGGAUUGUAGCAAAGCGAAUCCAUGUACCGGAAUAGCACUUGAAGAUGUGAAUCUGAGUUACAAAGAUCGUCGAGCUGAAGCUUCAUGUGUUAAUGCUGGAGGAAGAGCUUCUGGUUUAGAACAACCUACGGGGUGCUUAUAAAUAAGAAGAAAACAGAUACUAAAAAUUUAUUUGUAUAACAUUAUAUUGCAUACUUUAAUUUACAAGAUGAAAAUAGAGCUGAUAAUUACUAUACAGAAUGAGCUGGACACUCUAAUUAAUAAUGUAAUUUUAUUUUUUAUGUUACUUGUUCGGAGGCUGUCC